GGUGAGGAUGGACCAAAGAGUGAAAAUGAAGGGAAAGCAUUGGAACUUUUGCUUCAGGGAGGAAAAUGUGAUCGGAUGAAAGGACAGAGAACAAAAACAGAAGGAGCAAGAGAGGACCAAAGCCCUGCUUCUCAGGACGAGUGUGCCUGCAGACUCUCACCCCAAGAAAUAACCCAGGAAAGAAGCGAAAUCCCUUGCCUUCAAUGUGAGGGAAGCUUCAGCUCCAAACCCAGCCUUAAUCCUCAUAGAAAAAGACUCAUGGUUGAGAAGGCUUUCAAAGUGCAUACUACCCAUUUGAGACACUGCCUGAUUUCUGACGAAAGGACACCAAUGAGAGAGGAGCUGUUUCAGUGCUUCGAGUGCGGAAAGAGCUUUAGGUGGAGGUCCUACCUUGUGAAACACCUGAGGAUCCAUACGGGGGAGAAACCCUACAAAUGCCCCGAAUGUGGGAAGAGCUUCAUCCAGAAAGGCAACAUGAGGCACCACCUGGCGACGCACACGGGGGUGAAGCCGUAUCAAUGCCUGGAGUGCGGGAGGAGGUUCAUUCAGAAAGGAAACCUCUCCUACCACCUUGCAACGCACACAGGGGAGAAAAUGUAUACGUGCUCCGAGUGUGGGAAGAGGUUCAUCCAGAAAGGAAGCCUCACUCGUCAUCAAGCCACCCACCGAAGGGAGAAGCUGUUUGGAUGCCUGGAGUGUGGCAAGAGCUUCAAGCGGAAGUACCACUUGGGUCGCCACCAAGCAACGCACACCCAAGGAGAAAGCGUUUCAGCACCUGGAGAUGUGGAAAGAACUCCAGUCGAAAGAUGUACCUCCUUGGUCACAGAAGAUAAACAAUUUCAGGAGAUUACUACACGCUUGCCACUGUCCUGUGCCAUUCCUGCAACACAGGAUACGAACAACCUACUCUUAUGGUGAUGGGCAGCUUCUGUGCCACCUACCGUAACUGUUUUGUCCCAAACACUGUAUCUCAGUCCCUGGUUGAUUACAAAUAGCAAAAGCAAGCUCAGUGCCAGGACUACAGUCAUAAAUCUUGUAACUACAGUUAUAAGAUUUAUAAAAACUCCUGCAUACAAAACUGCCUUUCAAAUAAACAUCCAACCUGUUCGUUUGUUCA